GAUGGUGAGACUCCUCUCUACAUUGCCUGUUUGAAAGGACAUGGAGCAUUGUUAAACUACUACUUCAACAACAUGCUGAUAUCAGUAUCUGGUGGCCGGACUGCUCUUCACGCGGCAGCUCUAGAAGGCAAAGUUGAUGUGGUGAGACUAUUGACUGAAGCUCAGGCUCUGGUCAACAUACAGAAGCUAGAGCGUCGAAAAAGUGACCUCCAAGAAGUAUUUCUGACUCACCCACUUCGAUCACUUGCCUUGGAGUGUCUGAAAGACAAGGAAAGAGAAAGGCCCACUGCAGGCAACCUCUGCCGGAGACUGGCACAACUGAGGUCAACUCCAGAGUAUGGAGACAGCAAGUGCCAGUACAACCAACAGGUGGUGGAACUACCACCAACCCCUUCAGCACUGGGGAUGAGGGACACGGAGAUAGCAGUGCUGGAUGGACACAUUGAAGCUCUCAAUCAGGAGAAGAGAAGGUCCCGGGGCGGAAUCUUCCGGAAGAAAACCGAGAGAAACUUUGACGAAGAGAUAGCAGAGCUUCACACAAAGAAGCGACCUCUGGUCACAGAGAAAGAGAGUGAAGAGGAGGAGGAACGAAGGAAAGAAGAGUACAAGAAUGAAAAUGAUUGUUUGAAGAAAAGAGUUGAUGACUUAGAGACAGAAAAUGCUAGGCUCAAGAGGUACAUUGAAGAACUGGAGAAGGAGAAAGCUGUGCCCGCAUCAGAGAAAGCUGAAAUUCAGCGGUGUGUCUCUCUUCCUUCACUGAAGUUGGGAGAACAUGAAGAAGAUGAAGGGGCGAUUGUUGCUGAACAGCGAAUGUUGGGUGCAAAAGUGUUACGUCUCAACCUCAGUGAGGUCUACCAGUACCUCAAUGCCAAGUCCAUACUCCAUGAGAUGGUGGAGAGGAAGCUCAUCACAUCACAACAGAAGGGAAAUGCUGAGGCAUACAGCUCUACAUAUGCACAGAAUAUUUCAGCUGGAGUUGCCCUGUUAAGCACAGGGGGCUCGAACCCACCCACAUUUGCACUGGAUAUGUGCAAUAUUCUAGAGGCCACUGACUGCCCGGAACAGAGAAAAUUGGCAAUGAAGCUUAGAUCAGACCAUAAUAACAUCAGUGUAAUAAAGAAGAAACUGGUUAUUCAGAGGUUUCACCCACCACCUACCACAACUCCACCAGAGCUGAAAGUAUCAGAUCUCCAGAGUCAGUUCUUACAGACACUUGCAGCAGUGAUGGAGGCAUUUGAGCAGCUUCCUGACUCCCUCUCUCGUCUGAAACAGUUCUUCAGUCAACUAGUCCUGCCAAUGGGAGAGGGAAAAGUCAUCCCGAUAGUCAACCCCAGCACAUAUGAGAAUGCUGCUUCAACAACUGAGGUGUUCAGAUAUCAGUCUAGUCUCUGGAACUGCUUCAGUCCCCACCUCCUCAUGAUGAUGUCAGAGGAGUGUCAGUGUCCUCCAGCCAUUGAAGCAGUGGAGCAGUUCCUACAGUUGCGCAGCAAAUGUGCCUCUUCACUGAUUUGUCGACGGAUGAAGUUACCGACAAAAGCAAGCAAAUUGACCACUUCCUUCAGUCCGUCCCACCUGGCCUACCACACUGCUCCCCUCAACGACCUGCAGUCUCUUCAUCCCUGUGUGUUUGAUGAGCACAAGAGUCCAGAGCAUCUUGAGACCAUCAGAGUCACAGUCCAGGUGGAUCGACCUCACCUCACUCUCCAGGACUAUGAUGGCAUCACUACUGCUGUCUGCGGCUACUUCGAAAUCCCGCGAGUAGCUCUAGUGUAUGCAGGUUGUUCUGAGGAUGGCCAGGUUGUCUGCUGGACCAUGUCCCCUGCUCUACUGCCAUUUUUGAAGAUUGCUAGCCCUGGCAGGAGUUCUUAUCGACUAAUGGCAGAGCAAAGGAUACUUGGAUUAGCAGCUGGAGACCUACAAUACCACUGUCCCAGUUUGAAGGAGGCAGAGUUAUUUGAAGCAGCAUUCUAUGGAUUGGAAAAAAGAGUGCAGAAUCUUAUUCUCCAAAAAGUCUCCAUAAAUUGUGUAGAUAAGGGUGGCCGGACUGCUCUUCACGCGGCAGCUCUAGAAGGCAAAGUUGAUGUGGUGAGACUAUUGACUGAAGCUCAGGCUCUGGUCAACAUACAGAGUGAGGUACGUCAUCUCUAA